AUGGCUCCUCAUAAUCGCCCUUGGGUCAAAGCCAUCAUGGACCUUCCAGGCCUCGAAUUCUACGUCAAAGGCGAUGAACCCCUCUUCAAUCGCAGAGUCAACGCCGUCUUCCUGAAGCUAUUCGCCAACAAUUAUUCUGUCUACAGCAGAGAUCAUGUUGCUCUUCGCCAGCAUUAUAUCGCCAAUCGGGGCAAUGCCCUUUUCCGUGCUAUUGUCAACCUUCACAUCUCCGGCAAACAUUCGAACUUCAGCACCUUGUAUGGCGCUGCUCUCACUGGCCUCUCUGAAGACUCUGGAUAUUCCCGCGAUUGGAAUGAUUCUGAUGAGCUCGGGAUCGACUCAGUGAUUUUCGUCAUCGACCGCAUUAUUCGCGCCCGCCUUCAGCACCUGAGAGCCAACGACACUAAUAUCGACGAGCCUAACCCUGUCAUUGAGGCCUUCCUUGCUACUCUCGAUGAGUGGAUCGCGGUUCUUGGCGAACGCAAGAUGAAGGCUGCCAUUCCCUCUGAAUCCGACGCGUCUGACAGCAGCCAACUCUCUCUACCGCGCCCUCCUCAUCCCGACAACGCCGCUACUGCCUCCGCGUCCAAGGCGUCUAUUGUAAAUCAGAUCAUUCUGCCUUAUCGUCCCAUUCCUGAGAAUGGUUCGGGUAAGCCAGAGCAGGCCAAGUCCAGCACCCAGGACAGCCAUGAUCAGACGAUUCAGGGCUUGCGAUUCCAGAUUUGGGCAGCUCAGGCAAAGUCCGACGAGCUGGCGAAACUUGAAAUCGCCCGUCGUGAAGAGCAAGAAACUCUUGAACUCGUCAACGAAGCACUCCGAGCUGAGCUCGAUGAGGCGAAGAAUGCCCGCCGUCGAAUCUGGACCUUUGAGGACGCAGCGACUAUGGCGUACAAGCCCCCAUCCGCCCGCAAGACCGCGAAAGGAAAGCCUAUGCAAAUAUGGCUGGGAUCGCUGAGCAGCAUCCCCGGCCUGAAGUUCGGUGCUGGUCUUGGAGAUGGAGCCUUCUCCGCUGAAGCCAAAACUUCCUUCCUCGAGAGUCUCUAUGCCUGGGGCGGCAACCACGGCGAGACAAUGCCAUCCGAGAUGAGUCGCAAGAUCAUGAUUGCUACUCAGCAGCGUCACCACUGA